UUUUAACUCAUUCUGGUGAAGAAGAAUGGUCCGUGAAAUUCAACAACUUGUAAUUGAGGAACCCAGUUCAUGGCUGGAAACAGUUUCUAGGUGGAAAAAUCUUCAUGACGAUGAGAAAAAAAAAGAAAACCUUGUACCUCAAAAGAGAAGAUCAGAAGAGGAGAUAAAUAUUACAGCUAAAAAACAGAAGAAAGAAAAAUUGAUAGAGGCAGAUUCUGAGGAACAUCAAAUGGAAGAGCAAAAGAAAUGUGUGGUGCCAGAGGGAAACAAUGAUGAGGACUUUCUGACUGGAAGAAAGAUUUUCCUAGAAGAUGCACCUGAAACUAGUAAAGAUAAAUCAGUUGAAAGUAGUAAUCACAGCUUCACUUUCAGAGUUUCUUGUCGCUGUAGUGGAGCAGUUUCAAAAGUAUUUACGUCACAGGAGGUUGGAAGAAUGAUUGGUGUCACUCUUCUAAAACAAUUUGGCUGGAAAGCUGAUCUGAGAAACCCUGAUCUAGAGAUUUUUGUCCAUCUAAAUGAUGAGUAUUCUGUGGUGGGGAUUCCUGUCUUCAGACUUCCACUGUCAAAUAGAGAGUACAUCAAAACUGCAGGACUGCGCUCUACUAUAGCUUGGGCUAUGGCAUCUCUUGCUGAAAUCAGUGCUGGUGCAUUUGUGUUAGACCCCAUGUGUGGGUUGGGAACAAUACUCUUGGAAGCUGCAAAAGAAUGGCCUAAUGUACAUUACUUGGGUACUGAUAUAAGUGAUUCGCAGCUCCAAGGUGCAUGCGAGAAUGUUAAGGCUGCAGACUUGAUGGAUAAAAUUGAGUUACUUAAAGCUUCUGUGAUAGCAUUGCCAUUACCUUCAGAAAGCAUUGAUGUUGUCAUUUCGGAUGUUCCUUUUGGGAAAAAGUUCACAAUAACAAAAGACAUAAAACUUGUACCAGACAUUCUUCGAGAAAUGGAAAGAGUGCUUCAUGUUGGAGGGACUGUGGUCUUGUUGCUUAGCCAGGAUCCUCACAAGUACGUUGAUGGACCUAUUGCUAAUUAUGUUGAAAACAAUGCAUCAGUUAAUAUCACUACUGAUGACACAAAUAAAACUGUUAUGGCUACUGACUCGAAUCCCAGGGAGGAAAAUGGGAGCCCACAGAGCAUUUCUUCUUCAAAUAAAAACAUGGAAAGAGAACCCCACAACGAUAAAAUGAAAUGUUUUGGGUCUUUGGUACUUGUGGACUCCCAUGGUGUUAGUCUUGGAAAAACAAAUGCUUUCAUAUGUAAAUAUAAGAAAAUGCCUACAUCUGGGGUCAACAGUAUUCUUAAAUAAUGCUUGAAUGAAUUUGGUUUGAUACAUUUGAAAGUAUAAUUGUACUGAAACUUAUGAACCCUGUUAUUCUUAAUUUUGGCAAACACUAUGUUUAUUAUAAGCAGCUCUUGCUUUAUUUUAAGUGUUAAAUUAUUCCUUUUCCUUCUGAUGCUUUACUUGCUAAAGAAUCCCACAUUUGGACACAGUAGGCAUGUCUACAUGUGCACAUUUAUUGAGCAGUAACCAAAAAAUACUGCACAGUAUGGGCACGUGUCUACAUGUGCAUGCCUGUAGUACUGCAUAGUAACUAUGGCGGCUUACAUUGACUUGCGCAUAAAUUUGAUACCUGCAUGAUCCAUGUAGCAAAUUUAUGCCCAAUUAGUUACUGCACAGUAACACACGUAGAUGCCUUACUGCGCAGUAAUACAGGAGCUCCCAACUGGGGCUGCCCAGCCA